AUGUUUGGGAAACAGAAGAAAAAUAGUUGUGAAGAGAUGGAAAGGACGAUGAGAGAAGAAAGGGAAAAACAGAAGUUGUUGGAAACGGGAUCGAAAAGUCCAGUGGAUCCUUUCAAAAGUCCGAUGCCACCUGGAUCUUCCCUUCAAGUACAACCGACCCAAUCAUCUCCACUAUCGAAACCAAACUCAGAGAUGACCAUUCGACCUGACUCAUCAGUUCAUGUGGAUAAAACGCAAGAAAGUGAUCCGCUUUUAGAGACACCUCCUAAAAGAUCCGAGUUAGAAGUGGCAAGUACUCAGAGAGGGGAAGACGAGGAAGGAGUGGUGCCAAUCCCUCAAAAACCUGCUUGUAAAGUUACAAAAACUGGCCGAGUCCAGAAGACGUCAAUGAAUUAUGAAGAGAGUACGUAUUCGGACUUGCAAGACUGA